AUGACUGCAUGGGCGUCUUGGCAGUUGCUGCUUCUCCUCUGUGCCGCCACCUUUGGGGAGCCACUGGUGAAGGUGGCACCUGUGGCGAAGGCAAACCCUGAACCCACAGGACAGCGGCCAGGACCCCAGGAACUCAUCAAUGCCUGGGAAAAGGGCCCUCGGUGCGCAGAGAGGAAACCUGGGGUUGCAGGACUGCGAGCACGUCGGACCUCCCCGUGCCCACCAGUCGAGAGCUCCGCGGGGCGCCAGCGGCCGGUGUGCGCCCCUGGCAGUCGCCUGAUCCCGGCACCCCGCGGAGCGGUGCUGGUGCAGCGGGAGAAGGACCUGUCAGCCUACAACUGGAACUCCUUCGGCCUGCGCUAUGGCAGGCGGCAGGCGGCGCGGGCAGCACGUGCAGCGCAGGGCUGAGUGCAGGGCGGUGGGGGGAUUGCCGCCCCAGUCCACCAGCAUGCAGGGCUGGGGCAGGGGACUUCGGGACUGUG